UUUUUUUCGUUAGUAUCGGCGAACUGCAAAGUUCGUGUGAGGUACUCCGUAUUUCUGUUCCUUUCCCGCUGACGUGCAUUGAUACCCUGAACUAUGAUUAUCUGUGUAUCCAUUGGAUGUAUUUGCUGUCACCACUCAAUAAAGGGCUCAAAGCACCACGAAUUUCACGCACUUCUGUUCGGCCUACCCAUACGUCUAUUGGCGGUUCGUAUCAUUUACUGGGGAUUUAUAAUUGCCAGGCAGCAGUGUCUGUCCACCAGGCAGGUCUUCGAUCGUUCUAGAGCCUCCUUGGCGGACUCUGCAUGCAUAAUUUCUUCUUAUUGCAUGCAGAGGGCAUGCGCGGUAAUCGUCGGCCGGCUACUCUUGGCACUACGCGUUCUGUCCUCCAUUUCCUCGACAGACCAACCUCACCACCUCUUUGGCAGAAUACUCUUCAUCCAAUCACUAAACUGGCACAGCCGCCAUUGUCCUAAUAACCCAUGUCAAACAUACGCCCUAGCCAAGACAUCCAAGACCUCGGAAACGCGAAUCCCCCUCUCCUUGCCGAGUGCAUCCCUCCGCAGCCUUGGUCUUGACUAUACCCUCGGGCUUCUAGACCUAGACCCGGCGACACAGAUCCAUAUGCCCCGGAUACACUACCCACGCGCUCUCGCUCACUCCAUUCCAACUCCCCAUCUCCCCAGCGUGAUCAGUCAACCUCAGCCGGAUGCUGGAAAGACUGCAUCGCACCGCAACCUGAUCAGUCGCGAACACCCAACUCGCUGAACCAUGGUCUCGGCCUCGAACCCACUGCUUGUUUCGUCGCCCUUGCCGAUAUCAAGUCUUUAAAGCAUGAUGCGGUGCGAUCGUUGCGCUCAAAUCCGCAUGCAG